UAUACGCAACUCGAUCAAAUUCCAAACUGCGAAUUUCAAUACCCAAACUCAAUUAAGUGGCAACCAGAUACAGAUACAGAAGUUUUGUGUCCCUCAAAUUUUAAAACUCGAUUCACCCUUGCAAACCAACUAUGGCUUUUAGUUUGUGAUAUUAAAUAAAGUUUGUGAUAGUAAAUACAUAAGUGAUUAGUUUUUAGGUUGUUAAAGGACUCGCCAUUUCAAGAAACCAGAAUGCCCAGCUGGAGCGUGACGAAUGCGUUUCGCGUGCUCACACGCAAGAAGCCCCUGGAGGACUCGAAUGAAUCCAAAUUGGCCAAGGUCUUAUCCGCCUUUGAUCUCACCGCCCUGGGAAUAGGAUCGACUUUGGGCGUGGGUGUCUAUGUCCUGGCUGGCGAAGUGUCCAAACAAUAUGCGGGUCCUGCGGUGGUCGUUAGCUUCCUCAUCGCUGCCAUCGCCUCGAUCUUCGCCGGACUAUGCUAUGCGGAAUUCGGAGCCCGGGUUCCUAAGGCGGGAUCGGCGUAUAUCUACAGCUAUGUGACCAUUGGCGAGUUUAUCGCCUUCCUCAUCGGCUGGAAUCUCAUUCUCGAAUACGCAAUUGGCUCUGCCAGUGUCGUCAAGGGUUUAAGCACCUAUCUCGAUCAGCUUUGCGGCAAUCCGAUGAGCAGUUUCCUGGGCACCCACAUGCCCAUCAACAUCGAUGGUAUGGGUGCCUAUCCGGAUCUGUUCGCCUUUGUGGUAACCAUACUCUUUUCCCUGGGCAUUGCCGUGGGAGCCAAGGAGUCCACCAGGGUGAACAAUGUCUUCACCAUGCUGAAUCUGGGAGUAGUGCUGUUCGUGAUCAUCGCAGGACUUUUUAAAGUUUCCAGCAGCAAUUGGUCCAUUCCAAAAUCGGAGGUGCCCGAGGGUUAUGGCCACGGUGGAUUCAUGCCCUACGGAGUUUCCGGCAUCAUAAAGGGAGCUGCAGUUUGUUUCUACGGGUUCAUUGGGUUCGAUUGCAUUGCCACUGCUGGAGAGGAGGCUAAGAACCCCAAGAAGUCCAUUCCAUUUGCUGUGAUCGUCUCGCUGGCCAUGAUCUUCCUGGCUUACUUUGGAGUGUCCACGGUGCUGACCAUGAUGCUGCCCUAUUUCGACCAGGACGAGAAGGCCCCUCUGCCUCAUGUAUUCCGGAUAAAUGGCUGGCAUGUGGCCGAGUACGUGGUCAGCAUUGGAGCCAUGUUUGGACUGUGCUCCAGUAUGAUGGGAGCCAUGUUCCCAUUGCCAAGAAUUGUAUUCGCCAUGUCCAACGAUGGAUUGCUGUUCAAAUUCCUCGGGGACAUCAGCGAAAAGUACAAGACUCCGUUCAAAGGAACAAUGAUCACGGGUCUGCUGACGGGCAUCCUGGCGGCUGUUUUUAAUCUCAGCCAGCUGGUGAACAUGAUGUCCAUCGGCACCCUGCUGGCCUACUCCAUGGUGGCCAGUUGUGUGCUCAUGCUGCGCUACGAGGUGGAUGAUCGCAGGGAGAGCCGCAUCGUGGGAAACGGACGUGUUAUGGUUCUGGAGCAGGAUCGUCCCUGUGCCCUCUGGAGGCGGAUCUUUAACCUCAAUGGCCAAACGGUGCCCACCAAGCAGACUUCGAGGAUCGUCACCUACAGUGUGACUUUGUUCUCUCUUUGGUGCAUGGUCUUCUCUCAGAUUCUGACCAAGUUUGAGGAGGAUCUGGCGAACGUGACGUCCUUCGAUGGAAUUAAGCUGGUGCUGGGCACCAUACCCCUAGUGCUGCUGUUGCUGAUCGUCUCGCGCCAGCCAACCUCGGGGGUGAAGCUUUCGUUUAAGGUGCCCCUAGUGCCAUGGCUACCCGGAAUUUCCAUUCUGAUCAAUAUCUACCUGAUGAUCAAGCUGGACAUCCUCACCUGGGUGCGCUUUAGUAUUUGGAUCGCCAUCGGACUGGCCAUCUUUCUGUCGUACGGCGUCCGUCACAGUCGUCUGAGGCAGCGGGAGCAGCGCAACAAUUCCAUUGCCAUGAUGAGGGACUGCAGCAACUCGGCAUUGUUGGGCGGACAGGAGAACUCCAAGUACAGCAACGAGGUGCCCCUGAUAUUGAUGCACAGUACAUCCUGAGUGUACAAUGAUAUUUAAUUACCCUAUACAUACAUUUAUUUUUGCCAACAAGAUACGCGAUUUAAGCCGCGAUGCUCAUCAUCCACAUACUCACCAAUGUAAUUUACACAUGCACUUAGCCUCAUAUCGUAAAAUAGGAAACCAAAAACUACGAAAUGUACAAUAAGGUAGCUGAAAGCAAUAAACACGAAUAUUCUUAUGCUAA